CAAAAUUUUUAUACAUAGCGCCGUACAACUCGGCGGAGCAGUUCAGUGCGCGUACAAGUCUCGUGGGUAGCGGAUGCCAGCAAAGAUUUCGCAAAACUCGUUCGUUGCGACGCAGGCUAAGCAGAUUUUUGAAUUUCACAUCGAAACGAUCGGCGCUAUAUAAUCGUAUUUGUGGGAACAAGAAUCCAACGUGCAGAUUUUAAAAAUGGCAGCCGUCAACGCAACGCAGGUGGACUAUUGGAACUUUCUGUUCACCGAUCUGGCAGAUCCCCGCACCAAUGACUGGUUCCUGAUCAAGUCGCCACUGCCCCUGCUGGGCAUCCUGGCCUUCUACCUCUUCUUCGUGCUGUCCUGGGGACCCAAGUUCAUGAAGGACCGCAAGCCCUUCAAGCUGGAACGCACCCUGCUCGUCUACAACUUCUUCCAGGUGGCGCUCAGUGUAUGGAUGGUCUACGAGGGCGUCGUCAUCUGGCAGUACUACAGCUGGCGGUGCCAGCCGGUGGAUUGGUCCCGCACCCCCAAGGCCUAUCGUGAGGCCCGCGUCGUCUAUGUCUACUACCUGGCCAAGAUCACCGAGCUGCUGGACACCAUCUUCUUUGUGCUGCGCAAGAACGACAGGCAGGUGACCUUCCUGCACGUCUACCACCACACUGUGAUGCCCAUGAUCAGCUGGGGCACCAGCAAGUACUAUCCCGGCGGACAUGGCACCUUCAUCGGCUGGAUCAACUCCUUCGUGCACAUCAUCAUGUACUCCUACUACUUCCUCUCCGCCUUCGGACCCCAGAUGCAGAAGUACCUGUGGUGGAAGAAGUACAUCACCAACCUGCAGAUGAUCCAGUUCUGCUGCGCCUUCAUCCACCAGACCCAGCUGCUGUACACGGAUUGCGGGUAUCCCAGGUGGUCGGUGUGCUUCACCCUGCCCAACGCGGUGUUCUUCUACUUCCUGUUCAACGACUUCUACCAGAAGUCCUACAAGAAGAAGCAGGCAGCCGCCAAGGAGAAGGCUCUGUUGGCGGAUAACAACAAUGAUGGAUGUGCCAAGAACCUGAACAAGGCCAUUGAGCUGCAGCAGGAGAAGCAGAAGGCCUUGUAAGAGGGAGGAGCACGGCCACCCACCGCCACCGCCACCACCACCGCCACCGCCACCCACCCACACACCACCCACAACACACACCCCUUCAAUACUCGUACAAAAAACAAAAAAAAAAAAGCGGGCAGAAACACCCGCUGAGAGCCACCCAUGUUCUAUGUGCAACCUUGUUGACUAAUUUCUUAAGUAAUCCGCCGCCAAAAAGACGUGAAGCACGCAAAAAAUGAGAAAAAUAAGAAAAUCAGAAACGAGACGAAUAGAUAUUUGAGCAAAUGAGGUUUUCGAGACACAGAAACACAUAUUAUGUAAAUGUAAAUGUAAAUUUAAAUGUUCAAACAGUUGAAAUGGCUUUUUGCCGCCAUCGUCAUCAUCGCUCGCUCCGUUUGAAGUUCGCCAUCGUUUCUGGCGGACCCAAAUGAAAGAAGUCGUAUGUCUUUCGGCCAAAACUGAAACUGAACUAAGUUAAGCAAACAGGCAGAAGAAGCGUUAGUUGUGUAAAUAAGUGUAGGUACGCAUGCGAAUGUGUUUUCUUUAGAUUUUAUAUACGUGUGGUAUGUAAAGUAGGCAUUAAACAAGUGAAAAACUAGCUAAUACGAAACCAUAAAUACAAACACAAUUUACAAAUAUAUCUAGAAUUUUUUCUACAAAAAUAUCGUAAAACACAAUGAGUGCUAUUCUUUUUCUUAUGAAUGGGA